UUCUUUCUUCUCUUCGAGUUUUUUUUUUUUCUUUUGUUUUUCGUCUUCUAAAUUGACUUUCCGAAUCUCCAAAAAUAAAAUUUUAUUUUUUUUUUGGGUUCUUCGGAAGGAAGGAAAUCUUAAUUUUUUUUUCUUUUUGGUCUUCUUCAUCAAAUAAAUUUUGUCUCUUUUCGGAAAUCUCAGCUGAACCGGAAGUGCCCUUUCUGGUGUGUUUUGUUCAUUUAUAGUCUUUGUUGUUGUUGAUUCGAUGAUGACAGAUUCCUUUACCACAUAUUUGAUCAAAGAGAGAUAGAUACGAUACAUAGAAACGUAGCUCUCUUGAUACCUUUUGUUUUUUUUUUCUGGGUUUUUUUUGUUCUCUAUUUUAUUUUGAGGUGUUGAUCGUCAUAUGGAAAGAAAGAUUGUGUAGCUAAUCUCUAAUCAAAAGAGAGAGAGAAGAGAUGGGAGGUUGCGUGUCGACGCCUAAAAGCUGUGUAGGAGCGAAGCUUAGGUCAAGUAAACAACGAAGGAAGAGUCGUAGACGACGAAAAAUUCAAAGGAAGAGAGCCGUCUCUUCUCGUCUCUCUGACGGAUCUUUCGACACUCUCGAUCAUCAUCGUAAUUUCUCCAUUCCCAGUUCCAGAGCAACUGGUGAAGAAGCAUGGUUUGAGUCCAAUGUCGCUUUUGAAACUGACUGUGAUGAUGAUUUCCACAGUGUUCAAGAAGAUACUUUAAACGGAUCUACUCGUGUGUCAGUCUCGAGUUCAACAACAACAUCAUCAACACAAGACUCUGAAUCAAACGAAGUGAUGUCCCAGUCGAAUUCAGACGGUGACUUAAACGACGCAAAGCGGCCUGAUCUCGUGGAUUCAUCUGCAGAUGAAGGUCUCUUGGAAAACUGCAGGAUCUUACCUAGUAAUUGUUUGCCUUGUCUGAAUACAACUACUGUUCCCUCUAUUGAUAAGAGAAGGUCUCUUAGCUCUAGCCCUCCCAGUUCCAGGAAAAAAACUUCCCUUAGACUUUCUUAUAAAUGGAGAGAAGGCCAUGCUUCAGGAGCCUUGUUUCUGUCUAAAAUGCAGUUGAAGAGACCAAUAGCGGGUUCUCAAGUUCCUUUCUGUCCAGUUGAUAAGAAAAUGCUCGAUUGUUGGUCAACUAUUGAUCCAAAUAGUUUCCGUGUUCGUGGCAAAACAUACUUCAGGGAAAAGAAGAAAGAGUUUGCACCUAGCCAUGCUGCAUAUAAUCCUUUUGGUGUCGAUGUUUUCUUAUCCGAACAUAAAAUAAACCAUGUUGCACAAUAUGUCAAACUUCCCGUUACUACCACAUCCGCAAAACUCCCAUCUAUCCUUAUUGUAAAUGUUCAGAUUCCGUUGUAUCCAACUGCAAUCUUUCAAGGUGAAUCUGAUGGAGAAGGAAUGAAUAUAAUUUUGUACUUCAAACUCAAUGAUAAUUAUUCAAAGGAACUUCCGCUCCAUUUUCAAGAAAGCGUUCGGAAAUUAAUAGAUGAUGAGGUUGAGAAAGUUAAAGGCUUCCCUAUGGAUACAACCGCGCCUUUUAGAGAGCGGCUUAAGAUAUUGGGACGUGUUGCAAACGUAGAUGAUCUCCAUUUGAGUGGUCCGGAGAAAAAACUGAUGCAGGCUUAUAACGAGAAACCUGUUCUUUCACGUCCGCAGCACGAAUUCUACUUGGGGGACAAUUACUUAGAGAUUGAUAUCGAUAUGCAUAGAUUCAGUUAUAUAUCUCGGAAAGGGUUUGAAACAUUUAUAGACAGACUCAAGAUUUGUGUUCUUGAUGUUGGCCUCACAAUUCAGGGGAACAAACCAGAGGAGCUACCGGAGCAGAUUCUGUGUUGCGUCAGGCUAAAUGGGAUUGAUUUCAUGAACUAUCAUCAGUUAACUCAAGAACUCCUUUGACUAACAACAUUUUUUUCUCCUCCUUUGUUUUCCUUCAGAAAUGAAACACAAAGCUAAAAGCAUCCCUUUAUUAGAACCCCAAGAACAUAAAAAAAAGGGUGAUGAUUUUCAAGUGAAUAUAUAAAAUUAUCGAGUCUUUAUUAAUAUCUU